CUCACACGCUUAGCUAGCCUGCCACAAGUUGGCCCCUUGGCCUCCUAGAGACCCAGACAUCUCCACCAGCAGCAUCCAUCCUCUCUCCUCAGGGAGGCAUGCAUUUGACGCUCGAGGUCCCUGGCAGUUGUGAUCCUUGGCAAGUGAUGUGUGAGUCUCGUGUGUCAUAGGAAGCUCCCCAUCCCCUUCUGGUGACCAAAGGCCUGCCUACAAGUAGUGAGUCCUCCCUCCUCCACCCAGACCUCACUGCUCAGAUCCCCUUCGCCAACUGGGACAUCUUCCGACAUGGCCUGGAUGCUGUUGCUCAUCUUGAUCAUGGUCCAUCCAGGAUCCUGUGCUCUCUGGGUGUCCCAGCCCCCUGAGAUUCGUACCCUGGAAGGAUCCUCUGCCUUCCUGCCCUGCUCCUUCAAUGCCAGCCAAGGGAGACUGGCCAUUGGCUCCGUCACGUGGUUCCGAGAUGAGGUGGUUCCAGGGAAGGAGGUGAGGAAUGGAACCCCAGAGUUCAGGGGCCGCCUGGCCCCACUUGCUUCUUCCCGUUUCCUCCGUGACCACCAGGCUGAGCUGCACAUCUGGGACGUGCGAGGCCAUGACGCCAGCAUCUAUGUGUGCAGAGUGGAGGUGCUGGGCCUGGGUGUCGGGACAGGGAAUGGGACUCGGCUGGUGGUGGAGAAAGAACAUCCUCAGCUAGGGGCUGGUACAGUCCUCCUCCUUCGGGCUGGAUUCUAUGCUGUCAGCUUUCUCUCUGUGGCCGUGGGCAGCACCGUCUAUUACCAGGGCAAGUAUGCCAGAUCUACUCUCUCCGGAUUCCCCCAACUCUGAACUCUCCCUUCCACCAGGUCUGACCUGGAAAGGUCCAAGAAGGCAGCUUCCGGCUGUGGUCCCAGGGCCCCUCCCACCACCAUGUGGGAGCUCAGCACACCCGCUUCCCCCAGUCCCAGGAGGCUGAGCCUGAUUGUCCUGAGAAAUGGGAAGGAUCAGAUAUGACUCCUCCUUGGCAACUGCCCUUUCCUGCCAGGCCCACACAUACCCUCUUCUGGCUGUUAGGGGAGCUUGGGUCCCUGAACACUGUCAUUCACCCAAUAAAUUACUAUUUGACCCCAGAGUGGGUGGAAGGGUGA